AUGAAGUUUGUUUGUUCACUCACCCUUUCCCUUGUCCUUCUUUCUUUCAUCUCAAAUCUUUCACCAGCUUUCUCAAAGGAUGGUAGUGGAAUAAUUGACACAAAUUUUUUCCCCGUUCACCAAGAUGGUCGUUACUACAUUGUCCCUUCAUAUUUCGCCAUCCGAGUUGGAAGAUUAAAACUAGCAAAAACUGGUGAUUUUUCCAACUGUCCAGUUACUGUCUUAGAACAAGACUUUCCUACUGAUGACAAAGGUGUAUCAGUCAAAUUCAGCAUAAUAGGAACAAGCUAUGAUAUCUUGACAGGUACACCAAUUGAGAUAGAGUUCACAAAGAAGCCAGAUUGUGUUGAAUCAUCAAAGUGGUUGGUGUUUGUUGAUAAAGCUAUUCAAAAAUCUUGUGUUGGUAUUGGUGGACCUGAGAAUUAUCCUGGUAUGGAAAUAUUGAAUGGCACGUUUAAUAUUCAGAAAAAUGGACUUAGCACUUAUAAGUUUGUAUUUUGUGUUAGUGGAUAUAAUACUUGUUCGAAUAUUGGAUGGUAUAAGAAUGGUGAAGAUGGAGCACGUUUGAUUUUGACUGAUAAACCGAUUUCCGGUUUUUCCUUUUAUGAGGCUCCUUAUGAAGAUGGAGUUAUUAAGUCUGUUGUUUGA